AAGGCCUCCCCUCAUCCCCCUUCUCCUCUUCCCCUCCCGGUGCGCCCACUAUGGGCGUCAGUCCUUUCAAGCUGAUCCUAGCCGCGAGCGGAAUCGUCACGUUGUCGCUCGUUGUCUUCCUCUAUGAGCGCGCCCUCACCCCGAUCUUCGCAUAUGGUCCAACAACGGCGGCGCUUAACCAGGCCGUCAUUGGCGGCCUCUUGGCUGCAAGCUUGCAGCCAUGGAAAAUGACAAGUCGUGCAUGGCUGAACUACAUUGUGUUUGUGUACGGGAUUGCACCGAAGGCGACGUACUACGUGCCGGUCUGGCUCGCGCGGUGGAAGAAGGACCCCGUGGCUGCACCUCACAUGUCGCAUAUGGCGGUCCUCAAUCCUUUGAUACUGGUACUUGCCUCCGCGAUCAUGCAAGCAGUGUCCUCCGACAAGGCGCCGCAAUAUUCAUUGAACAAUCUUGUCCGGCGUAUCGUGGUGUCUGCGGUAUCAUAUGCGGCUGUCGUUGGCCUUCACGACUUCUGGGAACAAUGGGGAUAUCUUCGUCACACGUCCGAGAGCAAAAUCUUCAUCUCCAUUGCCGUCGCUGCAGCGGCCAUCCGCAACAUCACCUCCACGUUUGACUACGAGGCCAUUCAGAGGGCUGCGGAAGGUCAGGUAAAGGCGAAGGGGAGCAAGAAGAAACAGGCGCCACCGCCUCCGUUCUUCCUCAAGCUUGUCUCCCUGGUCGUGCUCUUUGCUGGGGCUCGCGUGCUGUUCCCCAUCUUGCGGUCUCCUGUCCUUCCACAUCCUCUUGAGAAGCCGUACACCCACCCUGAGUAUCCCCUCCGCAUUCAUUCGUCGGUGCAGUCAGACACGGGGCUGAUUGUCGUUGGUGAAGCCCUUGCGCUGCCAGAGGAUCAAGCCUCAGCCGGCGCCAUCCAGGAUGUGAGAUACCUACGCGCAUCGCAUUCCCUCCUCGGUGGUGUAUAUGUUGGAUCCCACGUAUACACUCUUAACGGCACAGCACCACUGAGGGACUCCUUCGGCGCCCCCCUCGGCGAUUCAAUCUACGCCACCUUCAAUGUACAAGAGGCCGUCCGGUUGCUCGACCUGGGGACGGAUACGCCCAGCGCGCUCGUCAUUGGCCUCGGUAUCGGCAUGUCUACGACUGCUUUCAUGCGUCAUGGAGUCUCAACAACCAUAAUCGAGAUUGACCCUGAAGUAUACCGCGCUGCGCGCACCUACUUCGGUCUCCCCGAUCCCGGCAAGGACCAUGUCUUCCUCGAAGAUGCGCGCGCCUGGGUUGAGCGACGGGCGGCGCAGCAAAAGCCCAAGGACGCAUUUGGCGACAACACCUCAACCGAGCUCUUCGAUUUCGUUGUACAUGACUGCUUCAGCGGAGGCGGUGUGCCACAGCAUCUGUACACCGUAGAAUUCCUGCAGCAGGCUAAGCGUAUCAUGACACCGGAGGGCAAAUUGGUGCUGAACUUCGUAGGCAUUGUGGACUCGGAAGCGACGAGGUUAGUGUACUUCACCUUGCUGUCGCAAUUCAAGCAGUGCCGUGCUUUUCACGACAUGGACCGCCCAAUGACCGAGGAGAAGUAUAAGACCGAGUUCCUCAACAUGGUGUUCUUUUGCACCUCUGCCGAUGAGCCCCUCGCGUUCCGCAACGCGACAAGCCAGGACUUCCUCGGCUCAUACAUGCGGCACAAAAUCCUUACCACAAUAGAGCAGAGGGAAGUCAACCUUGGAUAUCUCAAGGCCGACGCGGAGGAGCAACAAAAGUACAUCCUAACGGACGCCCACAACCCACUGGGAAAGCUGCAGGAAGAACAGGGAGGGCAUCAUUGGGAGGUUAUGCGUAUGGUGUUGCCGGACGUCUUUUGGGAAACGUACUAGAUGUUGUACUGGUUGGGCGUGAUGCUCUGGUGAUUUACAUGGAUAAGAAACAGCGUAUAUUUGAAAUCUGUGCUUCGGGA